CCUCUUCUUCCUCUCAUUUAAUACUCCCAACCCAACCUCCUUCUUUACCGGGCAAUCUCAUUUUCCCUUAGUUCAGGGUUAGGGAGAAAUCAUGGCUAUGGCUUUCUCUGCUGCCAAGUGCAGCAUCCAGUCUUUCCCUCUCAGCAUCACCUCCGCCAGAUCUCACGAAAAGCCUCUCUUUGAUUCUCUCAAGACCCCCGCUUGUUCUUUUCUCGGAUCCACUCGAAAACUUCGCUUCACUUCUGCUUCCAAAUUGAAUCAGAUCAACCCGCACUACCGUCACUACUAAAAUUCAAGCCUUCAGCAACAUGUUUUUAUGUUGCUGAAAGUGCCUCCCAUGUUGCUGAAAGUCCUUCAGUAACAUAGUUUUUAUUGGUAAAAGCCUUGUUGGAGAAGCCUUGUUGGUGAUGUAUCAGCCAACAAGCAAAUUGUUGCUAAUACAUCAGCAACAUAAUG